CAGCGCCAAGGUUAGCUUGAAACUACAUUCUGCUCAGGCUUAAUUAGCUAACUACACCACCUGCGGUGUAUGUACAGGAGUUAAAAAGAUAUGUAAAACCUUCACUCCUCACGACGAACUCUGGACCAUAACGUUGAGAAAAAACAAAUGUGGCCAAAAAUGACUUAAAAACUAGAAGACAACAGCCAGACUCUUGACAGUGCAACAGGUUUUGACUGAAGAGAGAGAAAAUUGUUUUUAAAAGCUCAACAAUGUCUGGCCAAGGUAGUUUGAUCUCAGACGAGGUGGCACUUUCACCUGCCAGUCCAACCGCAGAGCCACAAAUAGCCACAAAAAAGCCACAAGAUAGCAACAGCAUAGAGGAAAGAAAGGAGAUUACAGAUGAAGAAGAGCACUUAAAGGAGGAGGAGGAAGAGGAAGUGACCAGCUCUGCUCUUCUGGAGCCCAGUACUCUGCCGUGGCCUGUUGACAAAGAGAGGAGGCCUGAGACGGACAACGACGAUGGAGUCUGGUCAGAAAACAGAGUUUCAGAAGCUGAAGAGAGGGACACGGGGAUCAGCGGAGGAAGCCAGGACCUGUCGGAGGAGCUGAGCCAGGUGGAGAGCGACAGGAAGAGCAAAGCCAAAUGGAGGGAGAGCAUGCCCGAGGGCGAGAGGUGGAGGGACGACGAGAUCGAGGUGCAGCGUGACGACAAAGGGGACGGCUCGCUGGCGGACGAUGAAGACGAGGACGAGGUAGAUGAUUGGAUCUCAGGGAAAGCAGGUCUGGGUUUCACUCCAAAUGUCACAAUCGUGCAUCCAUCUGGCAAAGAGGCUCCUGAAGAGAGCAGGCUCUUUAUAGAGAAGGACGAGGGGAAGGAGCCGCAGAUGGAGCCCGAAUCACAGGGACAGUUUUACCCAGAGUGGACAGAAGAGGACGACAAGUACUAUGUGUGUGGUCUGUGCGGUGAAAGACUGAAGGUGAGUCUGGCGUUCGUGGCUGCAGGGAUCCUCUUCCCGCUUCUGGUGUGGGGAGGCUACGCCCUCCUUCCCUUUGACUCACCGCUGCUGGAGAGCGCCCCCCUCCGGGUGGUGUACACUUUACGCUGCUCCUUCUUCGCCAUCAUCCCCAUCAUGCUCGGCAAGGUGGCGGAGGGCGUGGCCCGGCUGCGCUACACCUUCCUAAGCCCACUCUAUCACAGCAACCUGGUGCACAGAGAGGUGGCGGUGCACUGGCACUACGUCAACGAAUCGCUGGCCCUCUUCCUCUUCUUCUUCCUGCAGCUCGCUGUCAUGGCAACCUACAUCAGCCAGGACCUGGUGAAGUUGGUGCCGCUGCUCACCAUUAUAUUUGCUUUCGGCAGGCUGAUCUACUGGCUCUGCCUCUCUCUGGGCAGCAGCAUCAGGGGCCUCGGCUUCGGCCUCUCCUUCCUCCCCAUCAUGGUCAUGCUGGGCACCAACCUGUACUACGUCUGUACGUCGGUCGGACAAGGGGCGGUUUUUGACGUAGGAUCGGCCACCAUAGAUCCUCCUCCGGGGCAGAGCUGGUGGGGUUAAAGGGCAACGUCAAAAAAAAGGUGGUGAGGAGUAAAGAGACAAACUGUUUUCACAUCUCGACUCUCAGACAGACACCUUGGCGUAUUGCUGUGGUGUCCUUUGAAGUUGUAAUCCUUCAGAUUUCAGUCCUGGUUGAUCUGGUGACACACUUGGUUACCACAGUGUCAGAGAGUCACAGUGACAAAUACACUGCGUUUCCUGUGGCUGUGUCACAGUCAAAGCCAGGUGAGCGCUUUUAAUGUGAAGCAAUAGUAGGAAGUAUGUUCUUAAUACAGCUCUGCCACAGCAUAAAGAGAGCAAACAAUCGCAGUCUAAACCAAGUGCAGGAAUGGCGGACUCCGCCACUACCAAUGCAAACUACUAUAUAAUCACAGAGGAACAUGCUGAUUAUAAGUAGUAUGAAAAAUGGAGUUUGACUUCAUGAAGAUCUCAAGGAUUACAACUUUUAGUAUUUAAUCAUUUCUUUUGUAUCUUGAAUCUUCCUCUCUGCUUAAAAACAUGCAGGCAUCCAACUACACAGUAGUUAAGAAAGGAAGUCGAAAAGUUUACGUACACCAACAAAGCUCUUAUCUACAUGCAAGUGAAAACUGUAAACAUCCUCCAUUACAAAUCUUUGAACAGUCUGCACCUUCUUUUCCUUUUGAGCUGAAAAAAAUCCAGUUUUCAAAGAGUUUCAGUGAGUCAUCCAGUGUUUGGAUGUGAUGAGACAUGAAACCUGAUAACCUGUCAGUUAUAUGCACAGAAUCAAGUGAGCGGUGUCAAAACUAAACAUUUAAGGGUAUUAUUGGAAUUGUUUUAUACGGAUUCUUAACAUUUAGUUGUUUUUGUGAGUUCUUCCGUUUGUGUUGUCACCAAAUGGUACUAAUGGUAAUCUGAAAACUUUAUAUUUAUAACUAGACUGUUUGUUCGACCGAUCAAAGACUUUCUUUGUUCAUAGCAGCGUUAGUCGUCGGGCUAUUUGUGGAUAGUCACUUUUCUUUUUUUUUUUUUUCAGUGCAUGAGUGCACGAGUACUUAAAGUAAAUCUGAUCAAUGUUUGGGACUUUGGAUGAGUUCAAUAAAGCUUCAUUAACAAAUAUGAUCCUCAACGGUGUGCAGCAGCUGAUGAGACUGAAUGACUUUCAUUGAUUUAUCUGUCCAGCGAAGAAGAGUCCUGAGUACAGUUCAAAUAGCAAGUUGUAAAUGUGGGUCCUGUGAUCAUGAUUCACAAGGCAAGUUUCAGCAAGACCAAAUAGUCGGUGCCCAAAUUCAAAACCUGAAAAAUGUGGCCAGUCUUGAACCACAACUGGAAAACUGCAGGUUUUCUUUCUACAAGUGAAGAAAGAAACUGCAGCGUCAUGGUUGAAGUUGGCAGACGAGGAAAAACAAACACCAGAAAAAUGUGUCAAAACAAAAGAAGGAAAUCAUUCAAUUCGAGCAGUGAAGACGGUGCAGAGCAGAGCGAGGAUCUGUUUCCUGACUGUCAGACAGCCUUAUUUUUGCACAAAUACAAAAUAUGGCUACAACCCACACCGUUAACCCUUUAAGUAAGUGUUACCUUUACACAAGUGCAUCAGUAAAGAUAAUAAUCUGUGGUCAGCUCCACAAACUACCUGAGUGCCCAUAAUACUCUUUCAUUUGAUCCUUCUUUUCUAAUAGUACAUACAUAGGUUUACUUCUUAAUACUCAGUGCUGAAUACUUCUUCCUAGACUGUUGCGGGUAAAUGACCUCUGUCUCAUUUAGCACUCGAUGUUCUGUUCAUUACGUCCCAGUCAUUCAGUUUCCCCUGCUUUGGUCAUGUGAACACUCAUCAUUUGAUAUCAGACUUGUAGGUGAGCAGACCUGUAACAACUUGUACGAGAAUUCCAGUGAACAUGUUUUCUCUACCUGAACAAAUUCCUCACUCAGAUUAGAAAAUGAUACAAUCCAGUAUAGAGCUGCAACCUCAAACCUCCUGCAUCUGCUCACUGUCUAUAUUAGACAGCUGCAGGAGUAGUUUGUAGAUUAAAACUAUGCAUACAGGAGGUUUUCAUAGCCUUUCAAGUUUUCCACAUUUUGUUAUGUUUCAGACUCAUCUUCAAGUGGCUUUUUUUUGUCAUCAAUCAACACAAAAUACUCCACAAUGACAAAGCAAAAACAGGUUUCUGGAAUGUUUGGUACAUUUAUUGAAAAUAAAAAAAAAAUGUACUCCUUCAAGCUCAGUCAGGUUGUUUGGGGGAGUGUGGGUGCAAAGCCACUUCCAGAUCCCUCCAGAGAUGCUCUGUUAGGUUCAGGUCCAGAGUGAGUAGAGACACAUACACCACUUGCCUUGUCUCGAUUGUGGUGCAGGGAAUUAAAUCCCCCAAAAAUCGAAUUACGAAGAAAAAAAAAGUCAUUUUUCACACACACUUACCAACUCUGCAUCGAUUUAUUCAAUCAAUUAACUCAGAGCAGAGGUGGUGGUUCCAAACUUCUUCCUGUAGAAGGCUGGAAGCUACUAUGCACUUGGGCAUUUUCAGUGCUACAGAAAUGUUCCUGUCUCACAGGUCUACGACAAUAAUGUCCAAUGACUUCAGAAAGUUGUAGAAGCAUCUCAAGCACCAUUGAUAGAAGCAGGAUUCGUCAGAGAUCAAUUGCUCUAAAUUUAACAUUUUAACAAAGGAUAUGAAUACUUAUGUCAGUGAGAUAUUUCACUCUUUUGUUUUCAGUAAAUUUACAAAACGCUCAAAAACCUGUUUUUGCUUUGUCAUUGAGGAGUAUGUGUGUAUAUCCUGAUGAGAAAAAAAUGGAACUGAACCCAUGUUAAGAUGAGUGAGUGUGAAACAUAACAAUGUGGAAAAAGUGAAAGGGCUGAAAACUUUCUGUAAGAUAGAGAUCCAUCCACCCAACAGUACAUAAAGUAGUUACAAUUAGCACCAACAGUAAAAUGCUACCUACACAAUGAGAAUCAUCAAAUAAUGUAUAAAGGCUGCAACAACAUUUUUAAUGAUCAAACUAAAUUAAAGUUAUUUAGUGUAAUAUCAUAAUAGAUGAAGAAAACCAGAAAUGUGUCACAUCUAAGCUGGAACCAGAUAAAAUUUGGGCAUUUUUGAUUUAAAAAAGGAUUCAAAAGAUUAAUCCAAAAUCAAAACAGUUGCCAAUUAAUGUUCGGUUGAUCAACCAAAUGUUUGAGAACACUAACAGGACAGUUUUCUUCAUAACAAGCACUUUUACUAAUGAUUCAUGAAGUCCGUUUUCAGCCAAUCAUUGUGUACCUCUAUUUUCAAUAUAGGGCUUUUCCUACUACCUUUUCUGUUAUUGUGGUAGUGCUACUUUUACUCUUUUACACUCACAAAUAUUAAAAGCUACAAACAAACAAUAGAACACCAGACAAAAACAAUAAUAUUUAAGUAAAAGAAGGUGUUAUUUUUGUUGUUAUUUUGUUAAAUUGUUAAAUUUAUCUCAGUGUUAUCAGACAUUGUUGACUCACUUGUUCAGUUGCUGCUUACCUCAAAGGAGGUCACGGUCUAGCUAUCACUGAAUUUGUGAAAUGAAGCUUCAUCGUGUGUGUUUGUAACUGUAAAGAUGAGCUGAGGAUGAAGAGGGACAAAAAAAAAAGACAAACUGAGAGAGCCUAAUGAUGUGACGGUUAAGAAAAUAAACCAGACUCAAAUUCAUUUCACUCAGUUUGUCUAUUUAAUAUAUAAAAUACGGUAAAACAUACGCAAAAAGGGUAAGGUCUCAAGGGACUUGGAUACUUUGGUACAACAAACACUUUUUUGUAAAAGCGGUAUAGAAUUUCAAUAACAUAUCAGUGCAUACUUUGUAUAUGAAAAUAUACACAAACUGUAUAUCAUUCUCAAAAAAACAACAAAGAAAUAUUUUCUUUACAACAAAAACCCAAAGCAGACUAGCUCAACACAAUAUAUUAGCUAUAAAUUUCAUCUUUAGUAUUUCAUAUGCUACAUUAUUCUGAGUCGUUUUAAAACUCAUUUGUGAUGCAUGUCCUUUAUCAUUACUGUACGUAACAUAAGUUUCGUUGUUACCUGUAUCCCAUGCAUUUACAUUUUUCAAAUUUUAUGAAUUACUAAUUUCAGUUGUUUCCCGUUUUUAUAAAUAUAUUCUAUAUC